UCCGGAAGUCCUCGCUGAGUGCAAAGAGUUGAACCUGGCUGCAUAUGUUCAAAAGAAACUGGUUUAUUUUUGUGGAAAACCUCCGCGUGAAUUAAAAUUGUGGUCUUUGGUGUGAAGACAUUAAUGUACCGCUUAUACUUCGAGCCAAGUGACCUGUUUUAGGUUCAAACUCUUCUGAGUGUCUUGCAUGGAGAACAUUGUGGUUUACAUUCCCAAGGAAGCAUGUGUCAAAAACAUGCCUCUGCAGUCUCUGUCCAGCUCCACAGCCAGGAAGAUCAGUGUCCAUGGAUCAGAGAAACAGAUGCCCCAGACAGUAACGUGGAUCUGUCCGGUUGAGCUGCGGGAAAAAGAAGUGGCUGUGGGCAAGGACAGCAGAGAACCGGUCCCACUGAGCCAGAGGCCACUGCUCUCCAAAAUAACUCCAGGCCAGUUUUCACUGCCUGUUGUGAGUUCCAGCAUCACUGCCUUUAAGGUCUUAAGAAAUAUUUUAAAAGCACAUAAGCCUAAAAUACAAUUUUCAGGGCUGGAAAAUGAUGCUGCCUCUCUGCCCAGCAUCAGGGGAUCUGUUCAGCAAAAUGCUAUUAUUGUGUAUAAUGGCCAGAUCUUCCUCUCAGUGAGGAAGUCACAUUGCAGGCGAGUGAGAUUACAAAACUCUCCCUCAGCACCUUCAGGUGUGUGUCCUGUUUCUCCUAGUAAACAGAACCAAAUAAAUACACCUAGCUGUCAGGCACAACCGCUUCUGGACACUUCACCCAGACCACAACAGAGCAAGAGACAGGAUGUUCAGACUCCAGUCAAAGAUCUUGACAUUAACAUACAGAUUUCACCACUUCUGCACAAAGUCUCUGAAGAAAUGCCUGAGCAAUGCUGUACAGACAAAGAGUGUCAAAAGGAAGAUGAGUCCAGGUCACUGAGUAGCCCACCCAAACCUCCUGAGGAUCUGGAGUCUGGUCAGGAGACGUCUAGUUCCCAGCCCAAUUUCCUCCAGCAGCCUCAGAUCAUCCACACAUCUUCUGUCGUCUCAGAACAGCCUGAAGCAGCAGCAGCAGGAGGAGAAAGAGAGACGCAUGAGGAUGACAAUGAGCGUUUAGAGGGCGCAUUGCUCCCCAGGGCUGAGAGCUGUCUUGCAUUUGAUUUUGAACAGUUGGCCCAGGAGGAGAGAAUCAACCACCUACGAGCUCGGCUGAGGCAGAAGGAAGCCGCGCUCAGCGUCUUUAAAGCAAAGCCAACGGAUCAGAUUUAGAGGAGCAGACUGUGCCAAAGAUGUCUGUUCAGGAGGUAUACAAGUUCCUAGUGCAUCAUUUUAUGUGAACAGCAUAAAGGAAGAGUUUACCCAAAAAUGAAAAUUUGGUCAUAAUUUACUCACCCUCAAGUUAUUCCAAAUC